AUGGGCCGGGGGCCGGGGCCGGGGCCGGGCCGGGGCCGGGGCCAGAGACCAGGACAGAGAUCGGGACAGGGAGCGGGACAGGGAGCGGCACCGGGGCGGGGCCCGGCCGCCCCGCGCCCCGGCAGGAAGAAGAAGGUGGACAACAUGAAGCCCAAGCAUCCCGACGAGCAGGAGAUCCCCUUCCGCCUGCAGGAGCUCAUCAGGAGCCGUGAGGCCAUGAAGCGCCCCGACACCGGGAAGAGGCAGGCGGCAGAGAAGAAGCAGCAGCCCAAGUCAAACGGCCGCGAGGCCCAGGGAGACAUCCCUGUGCCCAAGUUCAGGAGGGGGAAGGGGGAGUCAGAGCGCUCCUACAUCUGCCGCAUGGAGCAGGAGGUGCAGCGCGUCCUGUUCCUCACCAAGAACCAGCUGCAGCGGGAGCCUGAGAAGGAGGCGAUGGCACCAGAGAAGUCCAAGAGAAAGAAAGAGUUUCAGAAUAAGAAGCUGGAAAAAGCUCGGAAGAAGAAGGAGGAGAAGAAGGAGGCCAUGCUGGAGAAGAGCCUGUUCCAAGACAUGGUGGCGUUCGGUGAAGUGGUUACGCAGCCGCCCACCAUCACCUCGCGGCCCAGGGGCCGGGGCCCCGCAGAGCAGGCUGGACGGAAGCGGCUCCUCCUGACUUCUCGCCUGGGCCAGAGCCAGGCGUCCCCAGUGUCCUCGGCAGCACCGGUGUCGAUGGCUCGCCGGCGCAUCGUGGAGGAGGAGAGAGCACGCGUCAUCCAGGCCUACCGGGACAUCCGGAGGCGCAAACAGCAGCAGCGAGAGGUGGCGUGGGGCAGCGCCCAGGCCGGCCGCAGGGUCCCCCGCUGA